AUGUUUAUUUUAACCAAAGUCGCCGAUCUGGUGCAGAUUGCGCCCGAUGAUUUCAGGAAGCCAAGUCAUAUGGCAAUCGAGGACAACAUCAACUCCAAAUAUGGCAACAAGGUAGUGCAAAAAAUUGGACUAUGCAUCUGCCUCUGGGACAUAUUAUGGACAUCAGAAGGCCUAAUCGGGCAGGGCGAUGGGAUGGUCAACAUCAAUGUGGAGUUCCGCGUGGUGGUGUUCAGGCCUUAUAAGGGAGAGGUUAUCGCAGCACGCAUUAUGGACCAGUCACCGGAAGGGAUAAACCUCGCCACGGACUUCUUCGACGACAUUUUCGUCCCCUGGACCGAGCUGCCCGAGGGUUCAGAAUUCGAGCCAUCCGAUAACCUCUGGAUAUGGAAGGAGGAUGACCAGGCCAUGUACUUCGACGACAACGAGAUGGUCCGCUUCCGGGUUAUCACGGAAGAGUGGCACGACCAGACGCCCUCGAAACCGGUCGAGGCAGUCGAAGUGCCCGAAGGGACCGAGGAAGCCCCCGCGCCGCCAAUUAACACGAAGCCGCCAUACACCAUCACUGGGUCCAUGAGUGGCCCGGGACUUGGCUGCUGUCUGUGGUGGGAGUGA